AUGGGUCUCGUCAUAUUGCUUGACGAGACCAAGGACAUCAACAAUCAGCUGGGCACGAGACUCCCAGCUGUCCCAGGCCGGUGGAUAGCCACGCCAGCGAACGAGGUAACUUGUCCGGACGCCAUUCACGACGCGCUGCUUGAUGUAUUGGAGCUGAACCGUGUAACGGAACAGUUGCGAGAUGACCUGGCUCAUGAACGGACUCGGCGUUAUGGGCUUGAGGAUCUUGUAAGAGAUAAUUACAAUUCCCUAACGCACGAUCGUUCGAACGAUCGUGCCGCUUUUGCGUUCGCGCAACUUAAGAGCGAACGUUCGACUCGUUCUCUUCGUGACGAGCGGGCUGCAUCCCGUCGAGUCAUCGCUGAACUGCGUGAACAGGUCGCUUCGCUAGUCGACCCGGCUGGCUCGUUGAAACGGGACCACGCGAAGGUGGCCUUGGCUCUCGACCGCGGAGGUGUUCUUCGCCUCUCGAAACGGGCUCAUACUGAUAGUACGGGCGAAGACGACCGACGUAAAACGUAG